AUGAUUCUUCCCAGAACGGAGAAGAUGAUGAUGAAGAUAUUGAUCGUGUUUGUGCUUGGAAUGAACUACCUGUCUUGUGCAGGUUUCCCGGUGUAUGACUAUGACUCGUCCUCCUUGAGGGAAGCCCUCCGUGCGUCCGUGGCAAAAGUGAAUUCCCAGUCCCUGAGCCCGUAUCUGUUUCGGGCGUUCAGAAGCUCUGUAAAAAGAGUCAACGUUCUGGAUCAGGACAGCUUGAACAUGGACUUAGAGUUUGGCAUUCGGGAGACAACAUGCAAGAGAGAUUCUGGAGAAGACCCCGCUACCUGUGACUUCCAAAGGGUCUACUACAUGCCCUCAGCUAUUUGCAGAAGCACGGUGCGGUUGUCUGCUGAGCAGGUGCAGGACGUGUGGGUUCGCUGCCGCUGGUCCUCCAGCUCUGAGUCUAACAGCAGCGAAGAGAUGUUUUUGGGGGACAUAUUGGGAUCCUCUAGAUGGAGAAACAACUAUCCACUUGGUUUCAUUUCUGAUAAAUCCAGAAGUGAAUUGUAUGAACGGUCACUUGAGAGCCUGAGAGGGAUCUUCCCUUCUGGGAAUCGAGGGUACCCGAACAAGUGGCGCAGACUUCAAGAAUAAAUGCUGGCUUUGA